CUCUGUUAAGGCCACAAAAUGGAGUUGAGCCAUAGCUUGACAUUGAAUGAAGAGGCUCUGAAGCUGAUCCCUGAUGCAAAGAAGUCUCUCUUCAUCUUUGAAUGGUUGAGAUUUCUUGACAAGGUCCUCAUAGCUGCUCAGAAGUCUGAUAUCAAGGAAUGCCAAAAGAAGCUUGUUGAGCAGCUUCUCCAUCAACUUCAGCAGGCACCUGGACCACCAACACGAGUCCUAAUUUCAAGAUGCCUUGCCACGCUCUUCACAGUUGGAGAUACAUUCUUACUGUUUGAAUGUGUGAACAAAUGCAAUGACUUCCUGAAACCCAAGGAUGAUUCUCCAAGUUACCUUCCCACACGACUGGCUGCCAUUGUUGCACUGGGAAUGAUGUAUGAAAAGCUUGGUCGGAUGAUGGGCAGAUCAUAUGAGGAAACUGUCCAACUGCUGGUCAAGUAUCUUCGCAGUGCUGAGUCACAGGCACGGAUCCAUGUGUUGCAGACAUUCCAAUCUAUUUGUCUUGGCAUGGGUUCUGCUGCUUCCUCUGUGCAUAGGGAUAUCUAUAAAGCUGCCAGGCAGUGUCUGACAGACCGUGUCAUGCCAGUGCGAUGUGCUGCUGCAAAGUGUUUGAUCUCCAUGGUUCCUGAUGCUCCUUUCCUAUACACCUCUGAAUUGGAGAACUUAUCUACAUUAUGCUUUCGUGCUAUGGAUGGUUCCAACUAUGAGGUGCGGUGCACAGUUGCACAGCUUCUUGGAACUCUCCUUGCCAUGACACAGCAGUUGCCCAAGCAGCAGCAGCUUCAGCAAGGACUCAAACAAGAGAAGCAGAGGCUCGCCACAUUGGAAGAGGCUAUGAAUAUUUUGUUCACUGGCUUCAUCCGAGGUGGAGUCAGUGGAAUGAUGAAAACUCCUUCUAGUGUCAGCCGAGAAGUCCGUGUUGGUGUCACACAUGCAUAUGUUGUCUUUAUAAACAACCUGGGGAGUCUAUGGCUGGAGAGGAACCUCAGUCAAGUCCUUGGACAUGUUCUAGAAGUGGUUGCCAAUCCCAGAGUUAACACCUCUCAUGUGGAUUCUGUGUAUGCAAGGAAAUGUGUGUCCUUCAUUCUGAGAAGCCUCCUGGGAAAAAUGCUUGGGGAAAAGGCCCAGAUUGCAGCCUGCAAAGAAGUCUGUCUCAUCAUUAGUAGGCAGUUGAAUAAUUUAGACACAGGAGAUAUUGGGAAGGAUGGACCAAGUGAAGGCUAUGCAAGUGCCAAUGUUCUUGUGUGUGCCUUUUCUGAACUUGGGACUCUGAUCUCAACACUUGGAACAUGUGCCAGAUCACUCCUCUCGGACACAAGUGCCAAUGUUCAAGAUCUAGUUGUGAGCUCCCUGGUUGGUCCCUCACCUGCAGUUCGUUAUGCAGGAGCAUGGUGCCUUAGAUGCAUUGGCACAGCUGUUCCAUCAUUACUUACUCCCCUUAUUGACAAGUGCAGUUUGGAACUGGAUAACAUGAAGAAUUCUGGAGAUGCCAUUCGUGGGUUAAGUGCUGGCAUUGCUGCACUUUUAGGUUCUGCCCCAUCAACUCCUCUGGGAAUCCCUCAAACAAGAGGCAAAUACCUGUUCAAUGUGGCUGAGGAUCUUCUUCGAAGUGCCAAUCAAAACAGUCGUUUAUCCCUACCUCGGACACAAGCAGGGUGGAUUAUUAUUGGUGCUAUCAUGACUUUGGGAGUCCCUGUGGUGCGAUCCCUACUACCACGCAUGUUGCUCCUAUGGAGGAAUGCAUUCCCUCGCUCACAAAAGGAGUUGGAUUCAGAAUUGGCCAGGGGUGAUGCAUUUACUUGGCAGGUGACUCUGGAAGGGAGAGCAGGUGCCCUGUCCUCUAUUCAUAGCUACCUUGUCACCUGUCCUGAACUGGCCACAGAUGAAAAUAUUAGACGACUGCAAAGCCCCAUUGAUGGAGCUGUGACCAUGCUGUCUAGUAUAUCAGCCCUAGUGAAGUCUAACAGUCAACACCUUAAAGCUUCAGCAGCUAUGGUGAGACUUCGUUUAUUUGAAGUCUUGAGCUGUCUACCUCCACAACCAACUCAGGUCCUUCGACUUCUUGUGGCUGAAAUAGCCCUCAAUGACAAUCCAGCGAACACAACAACAUCACUGCUUCAGUCUUUGUGUCAUGCCACACAUGCCACAAUAAUUGGUUCAUGGUUGCUUGAGACGGACCAUCAUGUCAUUGAGGAUCAGCUCCAGCCAAACAGUGCUUCAGGAUCAGGUGCCCUAGAGCACGAUGAUACAUUCCUCUAUCGACAAUGUUUGAGUGAUACCUUGCCUCUGCCUCUGGGUGUGAGUGUGAUAGACAAGGCACUGGAACUCUUUGGACACUUGUUUCCACACUGUGCCACAAAGCAUAAGGUCCAGAUGAUGGAGCAUUUCUCUGAAUGUCUGAAGCAAGCCAAGGCAGCAAGACAUGAAGCUCUACUCAUCAACUUCUUCACUGCUAUCCUUUCAGGCCUCAAACACCAACAGGGGCCUGUUGGAAAUGAAGAUGUUACCAAAUCCAUGUCAACUCUCAUUCUAGGAGGUUUGACCCAUCAGAAUGCUCUGAUUCGAGCUGCUGCAGCUGAAGCUAUGGGCCGAAUAUCCAAGAAUAUGGGAACUACUAGAUUUGGUGCAGAAAUGGCACAGACUAGUUUUGACAAGUUGAAAUCUGCCCGAGAUGCUGUGUCUCGCACAGGACAUUCACUUGUGCUUGGAUGCCUCCAUCACCAUGUUGGAGGUAUGGGGUCCAGUCAGCACUUGAACACCAGUGUGAGCAUUCUUCUUGCACUGGCACAGGACCUCAGUUCUCCUUUGGUGCAGGUUUGGGCUCUGCAUGCGCUGGCAUUGAUUGCUGACAGUGGAGGCCCAAUGUUUCGUAGUUAUGUGGAACCAGCCCUUUCCUUGAGCUUGACAUUGUUGCUGUCUGUCUCACCACAUCACACAGAUGUCCAUCAUUGCAUUGGGAAAGUGCUAUCAGCUCUUAUCAACACUGUUGGGCCAGAGCUUCAAGGGAAUACCAGUACAGUGUCCAACACAAGAUGGUCAUUGCUGUGUGCAGCAGCCAUAAUGCAAGAACAUGCUGAUCCUUUGGUCCAAGCACAGGCUAUUGCCUGUCUUCAGCAACUCCACAUGUUUGCUCCUCGUCACGUGAACCUGUCGUCACUUGUUCCCACACUAUGCCAAACUCUGGGCAGUCGUCAUCUUCUGCUGAGGAAGGCAGCUGUUUCUUGCCUUCGACAGCUGGUUCAGAGAGAAGCUUGGGAAGUCUGUGAGCAUGCUGUGAAGGUUGCAGAUGAAGCAAAAGAGAAAGGGGUUGCUGAUGGAUUGCUGACCAAGGAUGCAGGUCUACCUGGUGGGCUGUUUGCCAUGCUUAAUGCAGAAACUGAUUCAUCUCUCAUCAAAGAAAUCCAGAAUACUUUAAACAGCCUUUUGUUGAGCCUUGUGCAGAACAACUUGGGACUGUGGGUGCGUCUCUGCAAGGAAGUCCUUUCUGUUGCAUCUGAUACCAGUUCCAAUCAAAAUGAACCUGGCAAAGUAGAUGUGGGACAGGGUGGAGAUGAAGAGGGAGAUGGAGACAUGGAGGAGGUAUUUGGUGCAGAAGAGGAGCAGAAAACGCAUCCAUCAUUGCCUCCACGUUGGCCCACAAGGGUCUUUGCUGCACAGUGUGUUCAGCGCAUCAUUUCCCUUUGUGAAGAUGAUCCAGUGCAUUUUGACAUUGCAGCAGCAAGGGAAUUGGCAUUAUCCAAGGGCAGAGGUGAUGCACUGGUGCUUCAUCUGUCAGACCUGAUUCGGGUGGCAUUUAUGGCAGCCACCAGUGAUUGUGACCCUCUUCGUUUGGAAGGUCUUCAAAUGCUGCAAAACCUUAUUACUAAAUUUGCUGCCAUUCCUGAGCCUGAAUUUCCAGGGCAUUCAAUUUUAGAACAGUAUCAAGCUCAAGUUGGGGCUGCCCUGAGGCCUGCAUUUGCCCAAGAAACCCCAUCUCAUGUUACCUCAAAGGCAUGUCAAGUGUGCAGUACCUGGAUUGGCAGUGGUGUAGCUAAAGAUCUUUCUGAUCUUAAGAGAGUCCAUCAUCUUCUUGUUUCAUCCCUACCAAAACUCAAGCAAAGCAACUCAAGUCAAGUUUACAAUGAGAGUGCCAUGACCUUGGAGAAGCUUUCCAUUCUCAAAGCUUGGGCAGAGGUCUACAUAGUAGCCAUGAAAGGUGCUUCAGUGAUAACUGGCAAAAGGAAUGCCAUGUUAGAAAGCGAAGCUGCAGAUGAUGAUGAAUUUGGAGAAAGCAGAAAUGACAGGGAAGAGGAUGGCUUGUUGAACUUAGUCAAGCCAGAGUUGAUCAGCUUGAGCAAGCACUGGCUUGCAGCUCUCAAGGACCAUGCUCUUCUCUCACUUCCUCAAGAAUUUGAAAGCCAACUCCCUCAUGAUGGAGGGGCAUUUUACACCCAUGCCACAUUGGAUUUGGCUAGGCCUCAUUAUAGAGUUGCCUGGCCAGCUCUUCUCCAUGCAGCAGCUUUGUGGAUCAAUGACACUGGAUUUCAGAAUGUUCACUUAGAAAAGAGUGAGGUGAAUGUAUCUGGUAGUGCCAACCUUGGCCUUGGCCCUGCCAAUGCUGCUGCCAGCAAGAGUCCUGAAGAAAUCAACAGCGAUCGCUUCCACCUCAUUUUUGGGGUUUGCAUGGAGGCUCUCUGUCAUCGGCGUGCUUCAGACCCUGUUGACAAUGUCCUAACAUGCCUGAAGGCAUUGUAUUGUCUCCUGGAUUCACCAUGGCCUCGAGGGAAGCUCUUUGAAAAACGUGUUCUUGCUGUUGAACUCUGCACCAUUCUUCAUAGGUUGCUUCUGACGAGUGAGAAUGCUCAGAUCCAGUUGUCUGUUUUGGAUGUGAUUGACCAGGUCAUCAGGUCAGCACAAGAAAAAUUAGAAGAGGAAAAGAAGAACAAACGACGAGGUGAGAAACAUGGUACUUUAGUGAAGGUAGCCCAGAAUUUACCAUGUAAGGUAACAUGUUUGCAAUCAUUCUGGCUUUCAGAAACUGUGCCAGCUAAUCAGGAACCAAAGGAACUGCCAGACUGUGAUCUCCUUGGUGAAGGAGGAGAGUCAGGAGAAAUUGAAGAAGGGAAAUCUGUGGUGUAUUCUAUUUUGGAAGUGUCAUUGUGCAUCCUUAUCCGUCAGAUCCCAACCUUGAGCCCAUCAGUUCCAUCAACUCCCAUGUCAAACAGUUUAUACAAGGGCAAGCAUCUGAUGUUGGGACCUGAGCAAGCUCAAGUUGUUGCUUCUACUGUUCAAAAGUUUGAAGCUCUGCCUCAGCUCUGCUCUCCAAAAGGUUCUGUGGAGAUUCUGCCCACUGUUCUGUAUCUCGUUGUUGGAAUCCUGAAAGAGACAGCAACAAAGCCAGCUCUGGACACAACAUCCAUUCUGGCCACAACACCACCAGUUCAAGCAGCUCUGCACUGCCUCCGAGUGCUGGCUUCAGAUCGAUAUGCCAGGGAUCCCAGGUGUUCUGACAAAUGGGUCACUCUUCUGCAGAGUACCCUUGGUCGCAUCCUCUCUCUCACCAAGACAAGGGGAGAGAUGCUGAAACUGGUGGUGCCUUGCCUGUUGCACUUGUUGGAAGACCCAUCACUGCUGUCUCAGGCCACACCCUACAGAAGAAGUCUCCAUCAACUGGCCCUUCAAAAACUCAUGCAGAUUGGACCACAGUUUCCUCAGGAAUUCCGCUCUCUGAUGACCAAGCAUCCAAAGAUGAGGCAGAAGCUGGAGGCGGCUGUGAAGGCUGACUCAGAUGCGAACCAGGCCAGGUUCCAGCAAGGGAAGGAGUCGAGAGGAAACCCUCAGCCGCAACAGCAGCAACCUUCUAUCAGGCUCAAGAUGGACUUCAGCAAUUUUUCUUGAUCUGUGAUUCUUGGCUUAAAGCCUUCAAUACUGUUCAUGGCUGACUGGAUCCAUUACAUGGACCAUUAUUCUUUAUUUUAAAAAAGGAAUUUCACAUGUGCUGUCUUCUGGAAAAGACCAGUUCAGUGCAGUUCUCCAGACUAUUCUACAUAUCUUAGAGGAAUUAUUUUGCAUGUCUUGUGAUAUUUUUUUCAUUGGUGUUACCACAUAUACAAUUGUAGAUAAAGAGAAAAUAUUAAUAUAAAGAUUCAUGCUUAAUAUAGAGUUUUCUGAUUCAUAUUCAUUGCCUUGUUAUUUUAUUUAACUCUUUUCAAAUCAGUUCUCCUGCCAAGAGAGUGCAUAACUAGUGAAGUGAAAUCAGAAGGCAAUGAAUUGAAGGAAGGCAAGAAAACUUGUAUUUAUUAUUCUAUGUAGGGCCUAUGCUGUUCCAUGUAGAUAUUGCAAAGAUUAGGUCAAUCAACUUAGCUAAAUGAGGCUGAAUUAUGAAUAUUAAUUUUUUUUGUCUCUGAAAUGCCUAAUGUCAAUGAAAAGCAAAAAAUAUUGAACCCGAAGAGCAUGAGCUAGAAUGGAAUGGCAUGAGAUACCAUAGUCAGACAUAUUCUUGUGUUCGCAACAAUUGCCCAAGCAGGCAAAGAAACUUGCCUCUGUGAGGAUGGUGCUUCUACUUACAGACAACUUCUUUCUCCAACCUUUUCCUCACUGGAUUUUUGUAUUAUUUUUGAAAGAAUUUGUUCAUUCCAUCCUUGUCGUGCAAAUAGUAUUUCAUGAACUGACUGCUAAUAAACCGACUGGAC